CAUGAAUACACAUUUUACCCUGUUCAUCAGCAGAGAGCUUACGAUAUGCUAAAAAGUUGAGCUAUUAAGCUUUCAAUGGUGAAACUUUUCCCUGUUAGGCAAAUACAUCUUCUCGCUGGCUCCACCCCUAUACAUCCUCUUAUCUAAACUGGUACCAUCAGCCAUUACCAGUGAACACCGGCAAUUAGCAGUAAAACGUACGCGAGCACCUUUUAUGUAUGCGCAUAAUUUACAAUUCAAAUUGAUCUCUCGUCAACAGGGUCCCCCCCCGGCCACACGGCGGUGGUGAUGACAACCCAUCACGGUCCGUCGUCGUCGUCGUUGCCGUCGUUGUCAUCAUGAUGGCCCUCCCAGAGCUCUUGGAAGAUGCCAACCCAAGGAAGUUCUAGAAGAGAUCCUCGAGGGAGCAAGGGAAUGCCCGUGGCGCCCGAGUGCACAAUUAAAAUGUGAUAAACAUGACGUAAAAAACUGAGAAAUUUCCAUCGCCGGCAAAACCCACGGAUCUUGUAGUGAGUGCAUUAAUUGCGGGGAAGCAUCUGCUCUAGGGACAACUGCGGGCAAACAGAGUGAAGCCGUGAUGACAUGCAAAAUACUGCGAUGGAAACUGUGAGAACAAGUUGUACAUAUUUUCAAUUAUAACCCUAAUUGAAUCUGGCCGUAGGAUUAGUGUAAAACUGUACACUGAAAAGGAUUACAGCUUAAUGAAGAAAUUAUCGCGUUUUGAGAUAACAUCGCCAGUUUCCUAGGUGAGGCUAAAAUAGAUGUGCUUUUAUGAUUGUCCAAGUUACUCGGUUGAUGGACGGUUCUAUCCGCGAUAAGCAUAGUGCAAUGCCACCAUUUAAUACGUAAUCGAUUUAAGGCUUUUUGAUAGCUGAAUCACACGCAUAUUGGCUGGCUAACGAUAACCCAAUAGCGUAUUCAUAGAGUAUAAAAAUAAAACUGUACUGGUAAACGACGACGGACGACGACGACCUGACCUCAGGCUUUAUUUCCCCCCUUUCUGACGGUUGAAGGGAGUGGUUUACAAUAAUAGCCAUCGUGUCACCGCAAUAAUUCGUGCGAAGAAACAAGCCAGUAGUGUGCGAAAAAUAUGACCAACAGUCGGAAGACAUAAAUUGACGACGUCAUCAACGCCAGCGGGAAAGAUUUGUGAUGGCCCAUGUUGUACCACAAUAAAAUAACAAGUGAUCAUAAUCCAAGAGGAAAACAAGGAAAAUCAGAGCGCUAGUGUGUGGUGAAAAUACUCGUAGAGUGCUGUAUAUAUUUCUUCAUUGUUCGGCUUAUGUGUAUCUUUCAUCAAUAGUGAAUUGAUCGGAAAAAGGUGUGAGCGCGGUGGACUUUUUUUCGGUGAGAUUCUUUAUUACCCGACGUAAUAAUAAAUGUUUCACCGGGUGGUGGCGGCCAGCACAUAGACACUACAUCGAAGGAAAAUUAUCGUGCGGUGUGUCGGAUUUUGGGGGGAACGCGGUCAAGAUCUGAGAACGAACACCUAUAGCCAAGGAAUUUCAACACAAACACAUUUUUUUUGGAAGGCGCUUUCCUUGCUGUUACGCAUGAACGUGUAAGACGGAGAGUCGGGUGCGCUGCAAUAAAGAAGUGAGUUUCCUCGAUGGAUAGUUGGAUUUCUGGAAAUAAUUGCAUUCAACAGCAGUGUGAUAAGCCAACCGCCAGCCAUCUAAGCCUUUGAAGAUCCGUCUCAGUAGUGAUAAUUAGUGUAACCGAAAUGUGCCGUGUAGUGCUGUGCAGUGUUUCCGUCACGGAACACGCGGAAAUGUCUUCAUCUGAUCGGUGAAAGCCACGUCCUCGUGCCAUGUCAUUGACUGCGUCACAACAACCACCAGCAUCUCUGUUCGAACUGCCGCUGUCGAGGAGACCGUCGUCGUCCUCGCUCUCGUCUGAGUCAUCGCUAGAGCUGGUGAGCUCGUCGGCGACCGUAUCGCUAGAACAGCCGGAGAAAUUUCCACAAGCCUCCUCGUCAUCGCUAUCGCUCUCAGUGCUCUUCGUACGAAGAAGUGGCGGGACAACCGCACAUCAGCAGAUAGAUGGCCCUAUGGUGGGCGAUCGCGACCGAGAGCGUGAAGCGGUGCGCUGGGAACUGGGGGAAACUACGCCACCCCCGUUUAAUAAUGGUGGGCCGGGAACCACGAUGUGCAGCGGUUCGGCAGCGCCGGGCAGUUCACUGCCGGGAAGCAGCUUCGACGAUGGUACCAUCAAUACAACAACGAACAUCGGAGGCUAUGGAGGAGGAGGCAGUAGCUCUGGCGGCAUCGGUGGAGCUAGCCUACCGGGUGGAGGUGGAGCAGGCGGCGGUGGCGGCACUUCAGGCGGAGGCGGAAGUGCAAAGGAGGUACGCUAUGCGCCCUUCCCUGUGCAAUCUCCGACUCAUCCCACCUCUGCAAGUUUUACGCAAAUGUCCCAGGCACCGCUGCAGAGGGCGCAUUCCAGAUCUAUGUCAUCAAUACCACCGGAGCCCUUCAUGAUAAUGCGCUCGAAGGCGCUCAAUCGACGUGUUCUAAUCAAUGUAGGUGGCGUUAAGCACGAAGUCCUAUGGCGAACACUCGAACGUCUGCCUCAUACACGACUCGGAAGACUGCGCGAGUGUAACACGCACGAAGCAAUAUCGGAGCUAUGCGAUGACUACUCACUGAUAGACAACGAAUACUUUUUCGAUAGACACCCGAAGAGUUUUAGUUCGAUACUUAAUUUCUAUCGCACCGGAAAGCUGCACCUGGUGGACGAGAUGUGUGUGCUGGCGUUCAGCGAUGACCUCGAGUACUGGGGCGUCGAUGAGCUGUAUCUGGAGUCUUGCUGUCAGCACAAGUACCACCAACGAAAGGAACACGUUCACGAAGAAAUGCGAAAAGAAGCGGAAAGUUUACGUCAACGAGAGGAAGAAGAAUUCGGCGACGGAAAAUGCGCACAAUAUCAAAAGUACCUCUGGGAGCUCCUCGAAAAGCCGAACACUAGCUUUGCCGCUAGGGUAAUUGCCGUGAUAUCUAUUCUCUUCAUAGUAUUAUCUACGAUAGCUUUGACACUCAAUACAUUACCGUCCCUGCAAUCCGAACAUAACGGCACCUCCCAGGACAAUCCUGAACUAGCGAUGGUUGAGGCGGUGUGCAUCACCUGGUUCACGCUCGAAUACGUCCUGCGGUUUAGCGCCUCGCCGGACAAGUGGAAAUUUUUCAAAGGUGGCCUCAAUAUAAUCGAUCUGUUUGCCAUUCUGCCCUACUUUGUGUCCUUGUUCCUGUUGGAGACCAACAAGAACGCCACGGACCAGUUCCAGGAUGUGCGCCGGGUGGUGCAAGUCUUUCGCAUCAUGCGCAUCCUGCGAAUCCUCAAGCUGGCCCGACAUUCAACGGGCCUGCAGUCGCUUGGCUUCACGCUGAGAAAUUCCUACAAGGAACUGGGUCUGCUAAUGUUGUUCCUGGCAAUGGGCGUACUCAUCUUUUCGUCCCUGGCAUAUUUUGCUGAAAAAGACGAGCCUCAGACCAAGUUUGUAUCUAUACCCGAAACAUUUUGGUGGGCGGGAAUCACGAUGACUACGGUUGGCUACGGGGACAUCUACCCCACUACUCCGCUUGGAAAAGUGAUUGGUACCGUUUGUUGCAUAUGCGGCGUACUGGUAAUCGCAUUGCCCAUUCCUAUCAUCGUUAACAAUUUUGCUGAGUUUUACAAGAAUCAGAUGCGGCGGGAGAAGGCCCUGAAGCGGCGCGAGGCCCUCGAUCGGGCCAAGCGCGAGGGAAGCAUCGUCAGCUUCCACCAUAUCAAUCUGCGGGAUGCCUUCGCCAAGAGUAUGGACCUGAUCGAUGUCAUCGUUGAUACUGGUGAACAAAGCGACCUAAUGGAAUCACCAGUGGAAUCAGUGGUUGCCACCCCUUUAGCAGCCAGACGUCGACAGCCGCCACUGUCAUCCAGACUAGCAGAAUUGAACGAAGAGCUACGGGCCGAGUCACCGAGGCACAAUCUCUCGACCGGAGAUGGAAAUAGCACUGAAGAGGGCGAUUCAGUGGGUGGAGGCCGCAAUCCUGCCAUGACCGGUGUCGGUUGCUACAAAAACUACAAACAUUCCGCUGGAUUGAGAAAAAGAGUCAAUUCACAGUCCGACAACUAUCCGCAAAACUCGACUGGACCUAUGGACACCGAGGCGGCCCCUCCCUAUAGCCCAUCAAUGCAGCAACAUAACAUGAUGAUGGAUAUGGAUGCCACUGAGGAACAACAACUGAUCAUGCAGGAGACUCCACAGCAUGAGCCUCCCGUAAUGAUGGCUACCAGGGCGUACUACAACAAUCAAUGGAGCAACGAGGAAGUAGAAGAACUACGCCGUCAAGUUGCUUUAGAAACUUCUUCCACUAGUAAACGGGACAAAUCCGAUACUGAACUGCCAUCCGAGUUUGAGUGUUGUUUUUGCACGUCAAAGGAGUACAAAGAGUUUAUCGAUGCUGAAGGUUUAAUGCCACUUCCAACUUCCGACUUCCACACGACGGUCUGCUUAGAGAUGCGUAUGCUAAAGAAUAGUAUGAACAAUAACUGUAUAGCCCCACCAGCACAAUUCGGUCCAAGUACAAUAUCAUAUCCAUAUCCGUAUGUGGAUACACCAAUCAAACAUUCUAAUAACUGUAAUAAUAAUAAUAAUGUUAAUAGUAACGUCAACGGUACCAGUAACAACAAUAAUGCUAGCGUUAGUAAUAACAAUAGUAAUAGUAACAAUGGUGAUUUAGCUAGUGUCGAUAGCUCCGAUACAUACGCUAGUUGUCAAACGCAUCCAUUCCUGUCACAAGGUGAUCUAACAUCCGAUAUUGUAGAUAUGUCAUUCGACUUAGAUACGCUAGAUACGAACAAUCUGUACAUAAAUCCACUGGAAAAGGAUACUCAACAGCAGCGUUCUGUAGGUACUAGGUCCCAGGUGAAGAAAAGUGCUUCCGGAGAUACUGGCCUGAGAAGUUUGGGUGCCAGCCCGAUGGACGACGAGUAUAAGCAAUUUCAGGCCUCGUUUGACACGUCCGAUCGGGGAAGUCGCGUCAGUUUGAACGAAACCCCGGUGCCAAAGCAUCGCAAGACCCGUUUCCAACAGGGUGCCGCCUCAGCAGCGCUGGCCGCUGCUACUCGGCCGAAAACUCGCUUCGAGAAUCUGAAAUCAUCGAUCGAAAGCCUUGAAGAAGCCAGUGCGGUUGCUGCACCUAGCAGUAGCAGUUCUAUCAAAAAGACGCGAAGAUCUUCCUUUAUGCCAGCCAAAAGUAUAGCCUCGGCAACCAAACUCAUCAACCAGCACCUGUUCGGUAUCCAGAAUCAAACGGUAAAAGGUAAAGAUGAUACUAAAAAGUUAUCGUUGUCCAUAGAUUCGAUAGAAACGUCACCUCAGUUAGAAACGCAUCGGCGAUCGAAAUCGAUCCUAAAAAAUAAAUCAGAAGCGUCGAGACUCUUGUCCGAUCCAGAAAGCGAAAGACUAUUGGCAGACAAUAUGUCUGGAUCCGGGGUCUCGGACAACGGUGCCAAUAUGGGGAGCGACUCAAAUACUGACUACUCCGGAAGCACAAUGAUCGCCACCUCGAUUACCCCGAUAGCACAGCGACAUCGACUGGUACACCAGCGAUCGACACCGGCCUCGCUGGGCAGCAAAGCAGCGGCCAAGUUCCAGCAGCCACGCUUCUCCCAGGAGGAGUUCGCCCGGCAGAACAAACCACAGCUGACUCGGGGCGUCGGUAUCGGUACCUACGUCGAUCAUCUGACCGGUGAUCGUCGGUUAGAGACGGGCACUAGGGAGAGCAGCACAGAAUCGGAAACGGCAUUCUCAACAUAUCUUGCAGCUAGUAAUAGUAACAAUAAAGACAAAACAUCGUUCGCCGGCAGUAGUUUAACGUCAAGUGAUGAAAGCAAGACGACCACGAGUAGGGGGAACUCCGUGGAAAACCACGGUGGAAGUAGCGGCUAUGGAGCAUCGUCAUCGUAGCAGGAAGUUCCAAAGAUCCACCUCAACGAAAAAUACUAAGAAUCUAGAUCAUGUUAAGCCAAAAUCGUGUAAAUACGCCACCCAGCUCGUUCGUUGAACGGAAAACUCUACAAACAAACCAAAGACAUAAAUAAUUAUGAAGGGAAAUCCUCACCGAACAAACUGAAGCAUGUGCCGACAAAAACAGAUACCAAAACUGGAUUAGAAAACCCAUUGUCAUUGUUAGCGAAGAGAACACAAAAACGAAAUAGUAGCGACAAAAUCAAUUGCAACACAAACUAAACUAAGAUCUUUUAAAGACAUUCGAACUAGGAAAGUAAAAAUAUUUAAUUUUAAACAUUUGCCUCUGCAAAGGCAUUAACGAAACCAUUCAAAAAUAUAUCAUUUCGAAACCUAAAAGAUAUACUAGACAUUUAUGUUGGAAAGGCGGAAAGAUAUUAGUCGUCACAGUCAAACACUGAUCGUCAAAUGCAUCGAUUAUAUCGUCAAUCGCACUCUACUAGGCUAAACACAGAUAUUUAAACGGAGAAAAACCAAAUAACACGUGGAUCACCUUUCCAUCGUAACGUUCAGCAAGAACGAUCUUAAGAGAUCCCAUCAUCAUAAGCAGCAGCAGCAACAACCGAAUAACGUUACAAGUAGUGUACAGCUAGCUUCAGCGAAGCAUUUCUGCAUCUACUUGCGCAGGACUCCAUCUAGCGAAGUGCCAUUCACUCCUCGCCUCUAUGUAGGCUGCGUGCAUGGCACGCAGAGGGUGCCAUCAGCUCACCAUAGAGCACGUGCUAGCUCGCUCAGCUAUUGUACCGCAAUCGUCGCCAUUUUGUUUCGAUAGAAGACGUAAAAACGGCUGUUUUUGGUCUAGUCAGCUACGUUAGAAAUGCAUAUUGUUUAUGUUUUGUAAAUAUCGAUUUAAAGAGACAGAACGAUUUAGUCAGUGCACAGAUGAAAAUUAAGAUUGAAGAAAUAUUAACGAUUAAUAAGACUUGAAUUACAAGCUAAGUUUUAUCCCACGUUUUUCUCGAACAAAACCCAUCUUACAGAAGAUGAAAAUAACUGAUAAAUUUCAGGCAUAUGCGAGUGAUAUUUGUUUCUAAAAGAAAGCAAACUUUUGAUUGUACAUUUUCCACUUCAAAACGUUUAUUGAAGAACUGUUUGUAAAAUUUCGAAAGCAGAGUGAAAAAAAGUCGCCAUUUUCAGGACAAAUACGGGGAUGUACAGUAGGAAAGAGAUAGAUAAUUCCGCCGUUUUCUCAGAUGAAACCCGAAAAUUUAUACGUGUAUAUUUUUUUAAACCGAUGAGUGAGAUGUCUCUUCAUUACCAGUGCUGUGCUUGUCUCGUUGGAAUCGGUUCUUAUAAUGGCACUCACGAUGAAAACAUAAUCAUAGUAAGAAUUAACAUUUUAUUUUUGUCUGUGCUACAGUUUUCUCCUGGUUUUGUGUCACAACCAAUGGCUUCUUUAAACCUACCACCAGGUGGAGUUGGUCCAAUUUGUAAUUGCAAAGUUUCCAAAACUAAAAUAGAACUUUCUUUCACCAAACUGGUCAACAAAUUUAAGAAAACAAGAAUGUCAUAGGUUUUAAUGUUUGUUUGUCUCAAUUAAGACAAUCGGACAUCCUCAUUUUCUUCAUUUUGUUUAUCUUUCUGGAGAAAAGUGCAGUUUAUGAAAAAAUACUCAAUUGACCAUUUUUGAAGGUAAAGAUGUUAUAAAUUAUCAAGUGAUUAUUUGAAUCAUUUGACUACAGAUGUCGUAAGGUUUUAUGAAAAAUGGUGAAGUAUAUAGCUUAUUUGAGAUGAGUUGAUUAACUGUUUGUCUCAUCACUAUAACCUUUUUUCCAUUGUAACUAAUUUCAAGAUAAGUUGUUUUCAAAGUUAGUUAUGUUCUUAAAAAAAUUGAAAAAAGUACCAUUCGUUUGAUUGAAUACGAAGCUAACCAUUUAAAAAAACUCAAAAACAGUUAAAUUCUGAACAAUUUUGGUGCAUUCCAAAAAAAAAUUACCUCUUAUUGAACAUUGUUUUUGAAAGCUGAUAAUGUAGUCUGCCGCGAUUUUUUGUCUAUCCCUUAUAAUAGUGUUUAAAUUCUCUAAUAAACUAAAAUCUAGACGAACAUUUGAAAAGGGCCUAUCUGCUUUGCGUUAACAAACAUGUUUUGUCUCUGCAGGGCCUAUCUGCAUCCAACCACGCACAUCAACACCCUUAUCAGAAAGAUUGUUCUUCAAGCUAUCUGUUAAGGGUGUUGAUGUGAGUAAGUGGGCCCUACAGAGACAGAAACAUGUUUGUUUACGAAAAGCAGAUAGGCCCUUUUCAAAUGUUCGUCUUGAAAUGUAAGAAUCGAUUCCAUCGAAAACAUUCUUCUAUCCUUUUUCGGUUCAAAAAAGAACAUCGUCUUCGUAUAAACCAUUUUUCUCAAAACUCAGACAACCCAAAAAUUAAAUCAAGGAUCGUCCUGGACAAUCAAUUGUUUGCAUUGUGGUGAACUAUCAAAUCAAAAACUGAUAAAUACAUAAUCUAGGCAACAGCGGUUGAUUUAUUAUUGACGGAAAACUUUGAAAUCCGACUUUCUUGUUACGACUUUUACCCCAUUUCUAUGAAAAAGAUGUAUUCACACCUUCAAUCAUAACCAAAAAGAGAACAAUCACCCUAAGAGCAACUUAUUCCGUGUCUCACUAAUACCGACAAUGCACGCUUUCUCGAAUCAAACAACUUUCACUUUAUCCGACCGUAUGCCCCAAUAGCAACGUAUGGAAAUCGACAUGCAUUAUUCGAAAGCAAUACAAUCUCUAAUAUAAAGUAAUGCAUAAUUUCCAUGGAAAAACCCAAAGAUGAUCGCCGAUACCAAACGAAACAUUUAUACAAUAUAAACUAUUUCAACAACAGGAAUUCUACAACAGCAACAACAACAACUAUAGCUAUUGCUUGGUAUUCCGUUCCAAAUCGUAGCACGUUUUCUACCUGUUUUGCGGAGAAAUAGUGUUUGAAGUCUUGGAAAUUUACCGGCAUCACUUCUGUACUUAAAAAAUGUUAUUUAACGAAAAAAAACUACAAAACGAAGGAAAAGUUUGAAAAAUAGUUCGCAACGGGGUUGUCUAGAGUUAAGUCACGAAUCAAACGAGAUGUAAGCUUCUUCGCCAUCUCUCUUUUUCGGAAAGAAAUACAAAAAUAAUUUAUAACAAAAAAGUAAAAAGAAACUUUUUCAAAGAAAAAAACAAAAGCAAAAACAAGAUAAAUAUAAAAAACAAGAACAUAAAAAAAUGAUGGCUUAUAUCUGUGAUUUAAUUAAAUUAAAUAAUAAAGGUAAACAAACAUGUUGGUGAACAUUGUAAAUUAAAUAAAAAAUAAAUUUAAAACUAUGUUAACAUUGAAAUAUAACAAAAAUGUGCUUUUUAAAUAUUUUCGAUUCAAAGACAUUAUAUAUACACAUAAAAAGGACAAAAAAAACUGUAAAAAGCGACUACCACACAGAAAAAAAAACAGCCGAAAUCGUUUAGAUUGUAACAACCCAGGAAGAAAAGAGAAAUACAUUAUAUUACAAAUGCUUAUAUAUGAAUGUGUAAAAAAACUAAAUCUAUAGAAGAAGAAAACCAAUGCUAGGUGAUAAGAGUAAGUAAGUGAACCAAAAAAGCACACACACAACAAAUCAAGUAGAAAAAUGCGUCGUUAGAUUCUACAUACCGGCAGUGUCGACAGUGCACGUACAUACACACACACAAAAAAACAAACACUCACACUCACAAAACGUCCACGAAUACGGUGGAAAUCGAAUAUCAUUUCGCAUCAUGACAUCGGUUCGUACUCUAAGUUUAAGAAAACACACGCUAGUCAUUAGGCUUAAGAAACGAAUUAGGUGAAGACCGCUUACGGUACAUAUAGCAAAUAGGUAAAAAAGAGCGGUUGGAUAUUACUAUGAAUAUUUUCUUUUUAUUAUCUUUAUUAACGAGAUUUUCAGCCCAGGGCUGGUUCAUCUCGGUCAUAUGAAUAUAUAUUAUUUUGUUUAUUUUUGACUAGUUUUUGUUUGUUCGUUAGUUGGUUAUUUCUUUCGAGAAUAUCGUUUUCUUAUGUUUGUUUCUAUGUUAUGCUCUAGCUCUAAUUGUUAUGUAAAUUUUUGAAUAAAGAAAUUUAUUUCAGAGCUUUAAAAAAUGUGUUGUAAUUUAUUUUAGUUUUAGUUCAUCCUUUUCAAUCAAAAUUUAUUUUUUAGAGGUACUGAACAUGAACACUGUAAUACUGCCGUGAAUCGCAUAUCAGUCCCAUUUGCAUAGGAAAUCCAGCAAAGAUGGGACUGAUAUGCUUCACGGCAGAAUAGUAUUUAUGAUAUGAUGUUCAUCUCAUAUGUUUUUUUUUUUUUACAUUUAACAUAUAAUUGUUUAUAAUGUUUAUACCAGAUUGUCUGGUAAGUUCGAUAAAAAUCAUGAAUUCCUUUUGAAUAUUUACAACUUACUUUGAAUAAUAGUUUGUUUUGGAUGCCUAUUCCGUAUGGACCCCAAGCAUGUUCUACAUCGCGAUUCUUCAAUUUCAAUUCUGAAUCUGUACGCAAACUGGCACAAUUUUUUUUUAGUUAUUGUGUGUACUCAGGAACUUGUUCAAAUUCUGCAUAUGCAUAUGCAGAAUCUGCUCCCAUAUGGGAGUGGUUUGAUGAAUCACCCUUCGGUGGAUUUUGUACUAGAAUAAGACGUGGCAAACAGUUAGGCAGUUAACAUUGAUCCUAUAUUUUGAACCUCUUUACGUAGUUUCGAACAAGUUCAGCAUGAGUCUAAUUGGAGGUCUUCAGAAUAUUAUGAAUAUAUUUUGCUCUUGAGCAAUCGGAAAGCUUCACUCGGAAGUUUAUCCGAACAAAAUAGCUUGAAUUUAUUUACCACGGAAAGUAGAACUUUUGAUUACAUGGCACAUACAAUAAUAACGCCUUGAACACAUUUUAUUCUAAGUGGCGUGGAAAUCUAACUAGGGUCUUGUACCAUUCGGGCAGGUAUACCUAUUUUGGGCACUUGCGUUUUAACUGAGUCGAUUUCAAACCAAUUUUUUGCAUGGGAUUAAAUACUGUACGUUAGUGGCGUAGCCAUGGGGAGGGUUUUAGUGUUAAAACCCUUCAGAGCUUUUUUUUGGAACAAAUUUAUCAGAAUAAAACUCUCACUG